AGAUUUUAAUUAUUAUUUGAAAUGACCAAAAAGACUAAGAAGGUUGGAAUCACAGGAAAAUAUGGUACAAGAUAUGGUGCAUCAUUGAGAAAGAUUAUUAAGAAGUUCGAAAUUUCAUAGCACUAAAGAUACUUCAAUACAUUUACUGGAGCCCAUUCACUCAAAAGAUAAGCUAUUGGUAUUUGGAGAUGCACAUAGACUGGUUUAUAAAUUGCUGGUGGUGCUUGGGAAGUCAAUACUCCUGCUGGAUUAUCUGCAAAAUAAGGCAUGUUGAGAAUCAAGAAAUUGAAGGAGGAUGCUGAAGUUGAAGUCAAAGAUGAGAAGAAGGAACAAAAGAAGCAAUAACCUAAGGAAUAAUAAAAGGAAUAACACAAGGAGAAGGAAACUAAGAAACCUCAACCUAAAAAAUAAUAAGCUAAGAAACAAUGAGUAUAUUAAUACAAUAAAUAAUAAUAAUUUAAAAUA